AUGUCGCGAAUUGAAACGAGAUUGUUUAUUAACAAUCAGUAUGUCCGCUCUCGCUCUGGGGCGACCUUGACUGUCCGCAACCCGACAGAUGACUCAACAAUUACCAACGACCUCCAAGUUGCCGGAGAGGAGGAUAUCAACACUGCUGUUGUAGCAGCAAAUGUCGCAUUUCAGACUGGCCCCUGGAGCAGCUUCACUGGUCAACAGAGGGGGAAAUGUUUGUUCCGCCUAGCAGACCUUAUCGAAGGUGAUGCAGACUCUCUCCUUCAAUUAGAGACCAUGGCUAUGGGGGUUCCCAAGGCUGGUGUGGAAUUUAUGAUGCCCCUAGUCUCGAAGUACCUUCGCUACUAUGCCGGCUAUGCAGACAAGAUUUCUGGGGAGUCUUAUCCAGCAGAAGAUGGCAUUUACAAGAUCGUGGCUUAUGAGCCUUUGGGUGUUUGCGCUUCGAUAGCGUCGUUCAAUGCGACCUUUUUGUACGUGGCCUUGAAAUUGGGUCCGGCACUUGCUGCUGGGAAUACGUGCAUCUUCAAAGCCUCUGAGAAAGCCCCUUUUGGUGCACUGGCACUUGGCCGGUUGGUCUGUAAGGCCGGCUUUCCACCAGGAGUUAUAAACUUCGUCUCGGGAGGGGCACAAACAGGCAAACUACUGGGUUCACAUAUGGGUAUUGCCCAUAUCAACUUCACGGGAUCAGUGACCGCGGGCUGCAAGGUCCAAGAAGCUGCAGCUAAAAGCAAUCUCAAGCGGUGUGUCCUGGAGUUGGGUGGGAAGUCAGCAGCUAUAGUGUUCAACGAUGCUCACAUUGCGACGGCAUUAGCUUGUUGCUCGUUCGGGUUUCUCGCUAAUACCGGCCAAGUUUGUGUCGCGACUUCAAGGGUCUAUGUUCAGGACGACAUAGCUUCAACCUUCAUAGAGGCUCUAAGAUGCCAGUUUGAAGAGGCUCGCACCAGGGUUGGGGAUCCGAAGUCUUCCUCUACAUUGUUCGGUCCCCUUGCGGACAAAGACCAGAUGAACCGGGUCUUGGCUUACAUUGAGGAUGGAAAGAUCGAAGCAGACCUAAUAUGUGGCGGUAAUCGUAUCGGCGACGAGGGCUGUUUUGUUGAGCCAACGAUUUUCUUGAAUCCAAAUCCAGGGAGCAAAGUGUAUACCGAGGAAAUAUUCGGCCCUGUCUUGGUAGUCAAAACGUUUCAAACCGAGAAGGAGGCAAUCUCUCUCGCUAAUGACACGCAGUUUGGCCUUUCAGAUGCUUCUAUCUAUACGCAAGAUAUCUCCAGAGCUCUCCGUGUAUCAGCCCUUCUCAAAACAGGCACGGUUGGUGUUAACAAAAAUUUCUCGCCCGAGGUUGAGACCCCCUUCGGUGGAGUAAAAGCCAGUGGUUCUGGCCGAGAAUCGGGAAAAGCAGGAUUGAUGGAAUAUCUUGAGCCAAAAACCAUUCAUAUAAGCAUAUGA